GAAUGAACGAUAAACCUCCUCGCCAUGGUGGGAUCGCUGCCAUCCUAGUCUUCCUACGCUUCCUAUUCAUUCUAUCGUCUGUCUGCUUGCCUGCCAACGCACCGCGAGCUUCCGCCAUGAAACCAAACCCUAGCACUGCUUGAAGGACUCUGAAGGACUCUCCAUCUCGAUUCGUGCAUCCACAGCUUGAUUAAAGCACUUGGGUUAACUUCGUGGGGUUGUUUGGAGCGACAGGAAGGAGAACAAUAUGCAGGCUGUGCGGGCUGCCGUGCUGAAGCGCAUGCAAGUGGGAGUGGCUGCGUCAUGGGUGCAGGGUCCUGCUUUCGCUUAUGGCUUCCGUCUAUUUUCUACCGAGGCACAUGGAACGUAUUUGGAUAAGCACGUCGUCACUGAUCGUGUCUUGAAUGUUGUCAAGAAGAUGCAGAAAGUUGACACCGCUAAGGUGACUCCCAAUGCACACUUUCAAAACGAUUUGGGACUCGACAGCUUGGAUACAGUGGAAGUUGUGAUGGCUUUCGAAGAGGAAUUUCAAAUCGAGAUCCCAGACGCUGAUGCAGACAAGAUUUUCUCAUGUGGAGACGCUAUUGAGUAUAUUGCUUCUCAACCUAGAGCGAAGUAAGAAAAUGGCAUACGCUAUUGAACCUAUCCAUUCAUUGUUGAAAUGGAAUCGGUAUUUGUUGCUGCUAAAAUAGGUGCUAGACAUGAAUUUAUCAGUUACAUACACAGAAAACAAUUUUUGGCCAACUGUAACUGCCUUUUCUUAGCAAUAGUACAAUUCCGUCACCAACAUUUCACAAU